ACACAUGGACCAGACCACAAAGUAGUACCAGUCGCUGAUCUCUGGGAUGCAAUCUCAAGCAGUCCUUUCUACCAAGUCAACGAGACAUGUGAUUUGUACGAGGAGUUGCAGUCUGCCCUUGCUUUGGGGGAGCAAUUAUUUUCCAUGCUGCUCGCCCCAGCGAGUGAAGAGAUCGGCUUUGAUGAUGAGAUGGAAUCAGACUUUGGGAUUGAACUUUUAGUUUCGCCUGACAAUCCAAAUUAUCCCUGGCCAUCAAAAGCUCACUAUAUUACCGCAUUACUAUUUAGUUCUCCAAGGCUGCCAUUCUCUGAGGCGCAGAAAAAGGCGGUUCUAUCUUGGGCAAAGGAACUUGGUGCCCAUGAUGUUCCCUCGCUAUACGCAUUGAAUCGGCUCCAGGAAUCUGUUCAAACGCUUGUCGGCAAUCCAACGGAAAAGAUAACUGCACGUUCGGGCAAUAUAUUUUAUCUCAAUGAUGUUGGAAAAGCCAUCGCCAAGGACUAUGCAAACCCCCUCACACAUUUUGUGAUGCAGGAUUACCCUGAAGAUGGCGGCAAGGGAAUGUCGCAGGUGUUCAAUGGAGAGAAAAUGCUGUUUGAACUCCCUUCGCCCCCUGCAGCAAAAGUUGAUGGAGAGAUUUACUUCGUGAAUGAGCUCUUGCAGGAUGCGUCGGGAGACUACUUUAUACCUGAGCGCUUCUUUUUUGCAUUGUACUCGUCGACGAAUGAUGGUGCGGACAAGCAGCUACAUGCACUUGGCCGCGCUGUACAACAAACAGAGGAUGGGUUUAUUGUCAGUGACGAGCAGGAGAUGAUUCCAACAUCUAACUUUCAAAGGUCUUUCAGGGAAAUAUCUGCCAAUGACAACGAACUC